CGGUUUUAAUUUUUCAAAAUGAAACGGCAUCGUUUCUCUUAAUCUUCCUCUCCAUCUCCAGCUUGAUCGCAUUUCACAAAAAAUUCCUAAAACGCCGCGAAAUUCGAAAAGUUUAUCCCUCUGAUGAAUCAUUUAGGGUUAAACGAAAGAUGAAGAAAUCACCAUUGGCAAUGCAAAGUGGAAGUGAGAACCAAAAGAAGAAGAAGAAUAUAUUAGAAAAGGAAGAUCUAGUGAAACUUUUGAGAUGGCAUUUCGGCCACGCUCAAUUUAGGGAUAAACAGCUUGACGCUAUUCAAGCAGUUUUAUCAGGGAGAGACUGUUUCUGUUUGAUGCCAACUGGUGGUGGAAAGUCAAUGUGCUACCAGAUUCCUGCUCUCGUCAAGCCUGGAAUUGUACUUGUUGUUUCUCCUUUAAUAGCUUUAAUGGAAAACCAAGUGAUGGCAUUGAAGGAGAAAGGAAUUGCUGCUGAAUUCCUGUCUUCAACACAGACAGUUCAAGUGAGAAAUAAGAUACAUGAAGACCUUGAUUCUGGAAAACCAUCAUUGAGACUAUUAUAUGUAACACCAGAAUUGAUUGCAACAUCGGGGUUUAUGUCAAAGCUGAAGAAAAUUCAUUCAAGAGGGUUGUUGAAUCUCAUUGCCAUAGAUGAGGCACAUUGCAUCUCAUCUUGGGGCCAUGAUUUCAGGCCUAGUUACCGUAAGCUCUCAUCUUUGAGGAACUGCCUUCCAGAUGUACCAGUAUUGGCACUUACAGCAACUGCUGGUCCCAAAGUUCAAAAGGAUGUGAUAGAGUCCUUAUGUUUGCAGAACCCCAUAGUUCUCAUAUCUUCUUUUAAUCGUCCAAAUUUAUAUUAUGAAGUUCGAUACAAAGAUCUUUUAGAUGAUGCCUAUGAUGAUUUGUGUAAUGCACUCAAUUCUAUGGGGGAUAUCUGUGCAAUUGUUUACUGUCUUGAACGCACAACUUGUGAUGAGUUGUCUGCGCAUCUUUCCAAAAGCGGCAUCUCUUGUGCUGCAUAUCAUGCAGGCUUGAAUAAUAAACUGCGGAGCUCCAUAUUAGAUGAUUGGGUUUCUUCCAAGAUACAAGUUGUUGUGGCUACUGUUGCUUUUGGGAUGGGUAUAGACAGAAAAGAUGUCAGAGUGGUUUGCCACUUUAAUAUUCCAAAGUCAAUGGAAGCCUUUUAUCAAGAGUCAGGUAGAGCUGGUCGUGAUCAGUUGCCCUCUCGAAGUUUGUUGUAUUAUGGAAUGGAUGACCGCAGAAGGAUGGAAUUCAUUCUAAGCAAGGCUGAGAGCAAGAAGUUACAGCCCUCAAGCUCUCAGGAAGGGUUGUCAAAAAAAUCAAUGUCCAAUUUCAAUCAGAUGGUUGAGUAUUGUGAAGGUUCUGGAUGUCGCAGGAAAAAGAUUCUUGAGAGUUUUGGGGAACAGGUAUCUGCAUCCCUAUGUAAAAAAACAUGUGAUGCCUGCAGACAUCCAAACAUAGUUGCCAGGUUUUUGGAAGAGCUAACGACUACAUGUGCUUUACGGCAAAGACAUCAUUUCUCUCAAAUUUUCAUAAGAUAUGACCCAAGAAGAACAGUUUCAGAAUUUUGGAACCGUGAUGACGAAGCAAGUGACUGUGAAGAAGAUAUAUCUGAUUCUGAUGAUGGUAUCAAGGAUGACAAGAUCUUCUCCAAGUCAAAGUUGUCAACAAAAUCAGGAAUAAAUGAGAAGAUCGAGUUUUUGCAGCGUGCUGAAGAAAGUUAUUAUCAGAAUAAAAACUCUUAUAAACAGGUCAAUAAACUCAACAAGAAUGCAAUAUCUGAAUCUCUGAGAGAAGCAAGCAAGCAGAGAUUAGUAAAUGCUCUGAGGCAGGCUCAGCAACGACUUGGCAGCUUAAGCAUUGAAAUUGAAUCAUCAGCCACUUUCCUUGAAAAUGAAUGCUAUAAAAAAUAUGGGAAGAGUGGAAAAUCAUUCUAUUAUUCCCAAAUGGCAAGUACUAUCAGGUGGCUGUCAACCACGAAUUCCAAUGACCUAACUAAUCGACUGAGCACCAAUAUGAGUUCAUCUUCAGACAGUAUCUGUAAAGAAGUACCUCCUGCAGCGCCAUCAACUUUGUUGGAUCAGCCAGCAGAUAUUUGCAGCAAUGCUAGGUCUGAAACAUCAAUGAAUGCUUUGCCGAAAAAAAGUUCUUCCUGUAAUACACAGCUGCCUGUGAUUCCAUCAUUCUCAGAGUUUGUCAACUGCGGAAAGGCCAAAGACAGCCGACUUGAUAAUGCAUCACGGAACCAAUCGCCAAACAAAUAUUUGGAGAAGAGAAUGCGGUUGCAGUAAUUAAACUCUUGGUGGGGGGCCUCUUAAUUCCUGUUUUUGUUUCCAAUGGGGCAGAAUACGAUACAUGUUUUAUUCUUCUUUUAUGUGUAACCUCCUUGCCCUACAUGUUUGAGAUUUGAAUCUAAUUUCGCUUUAAUGAUUGACAUAUCUUGAAGCAUAUCUUUAAAGUGUCAAAAAAAAAAAAAAUCUGAGUUUUGUGCA